UUUGGCAUUAACCGUUCCGGAUAACUAAGGAGGCAGUCGUGGUUGGGACAUAGGCGAUUAUCACAGAAGGCCGAGCAAUUGAUAAAUGCUCGCCGGAUUCAGCUAUGGCAGCACUGCUGAAUACCGUAUCUCCAGCCGCAAAUCUGUCACCAAAAACAAAAAGGAAUUGUUCUAGCUUUCACUCUCAGAUUCCAAACAUUCAUACCCUUUCACUUAACAAGGGUUUUUCGAGGGUUUUGUCAUAUAGCCAGAUAGCUAUUUCUCCUAAAGGUAAUGUUUUUACUCUGCCUGAUUGGAGGAUUGGGAAGAGCGACCCAAAAAGUAAGGAGCUUAGAGUUAAUAAUGCAUUCCUUCAUCUAGAGCAUAUGGUAGGCAAAGGCCAUAAGCCUGACGUAACUCAAGCAACUCAGCUUUUGUAUGAUCUUUGCAAGGCUAACAAAAUGAGGAAAUCUGUCAGGGUAAUGGAGAUGAUGGUAGGGUCAGGCAUUAUACCUGACGCAGCUUCCUUCACAUACUUGGUCAAUUAUCUAUGCAAGAGGGGUAAUGUUGGGUAUGCAAUGCAAUUAGUUGAAAGAAUGGAGGAACGUGGUUUUCUUACUAAUACUGUUACCUAUAACACUCUAGUUAAAGGGCUGUGCAUGCAUGGGGGUUUAAAUCAAAGCUUGCAACUUUUAGAUCGAUUGACCAAGAAGGGUUUGGUCCCAAAUGCAUUCACUUAUUCUUUUUUACUUGAAGCUGCUUACAAGGAGAGGGGAUCCGAUGAAGCCGUGAAACUUCUAGAUGAAAUAAUUGCCAAGGGUGGGAAGCCCAAUAUAGUGAGUUACAAUGUUCUGUUAACAGGUUUAUGCAAGGAAGGUCGGACUGAAGAAGCUAUUAAGCUUUUCAGGGAAUUGCCAGCAAAGGGGUUUGAUCCUAGUGUUGUGAGCUACAACAUUUUGCUGAGGAGUUUGUGCUAUGAAGGGAGGUGGGAGGAGGCAAAUGAGCUUUUAGCCGAGAUGCAUGGAAAAAAUCAGUCUCCUUCUGUAGUUACCUAUAACAUAUUAAUUACUUCUCUUUCCCUCCAUGGAAAAACUGAACAUGCUUUCAAGGUUUUAGAUGAAAUGGCAAGGAGUGGAUUCAAGGCAACUGCAGCCAGCUAUAAUCCGAUUAUUGCCCGUCUCUGCAAUGAAGGGAAGGUGGAUCUUGUAGUUCAGUGUCUGGAACAAAUGAUGCUUCGGCAUUGUAAUCCUAAUGAAGGGACAUACAAUGCUAUUGGUAUGCUUUGUGAGGUGGGGAAGGUACAAGAUUCAUUCUUCAUAAUCCAAAGCUUGGGUAACAAUAACUCCCCCAUGCAUGACUUCUACCAAAAUGUCAUUUCAAGUUUGUGCAGGAAAGGGAACACGUAUCCAGCUUUUCAGCUACUAUAUGAAAUGACGAAGUAUGGAUUUACUCCAGAUUCUUAUACUUAUUCAUCUUUGAUUAGAGGAAUGUGUAGAGAGGGCAUGUUGGAUGAGGCCAUUGAGAUAUUCAAAGUUUUGGAAGAAAAUGAGCACAGGCCUGAUACUGAUAACUAUAAUGCACUUAUACUUGGUCUCUGCAAGUCUCGAAGAACAGACUUGUCUAUGGAGAUGUUUCAGAGGAUGAUACGUAAAGAAUGCAUGCCUAAUGAGACAACAUAUACCAUUCUUAUUGAAGGGCUUGCUUUUGAAGGAGAAAUGGAUAUUGCUGCCAAGCUUUUGAAGGAGUUGCAUUUGAAAGACGUUCUGAGCCAAGGUACUGUUGAAAGACUAGUCAUGCAGUUUGGCUUCAAGAAAUUGACAUAGUAAGAGACAAAACAAAGAAGGUGACGACUCGCGACUUAUUUCAGAUAUGAAUGGUUUGUAUGGACAAUUGAGUGUAAUCCUGGUUGCCGGUUAACUGUAAGAUCUUAGACAGCCAUUGAAUUAUUGAGCCCAAAUACUUGGAAAUUUUGCUCUAGAGUUUAGAGGUGACUGAAUAAAGGUGUGAGCAUAGAAUUUAAUGAUGUCUGCUGUCUGCAUUCUCUCUCAUGCUUCAGGUUUAACAUUCAUGUAAAAUUUGGCGACUUAGUAUGUAUGACCUAGGAAGGAGGAAGUACAUCCGUUUGUCCAGAUUUUCACGGAAAGAAAACUUUAACACCAUAGUAUAUGAUGAUCGAAUAGCUACUCGUAACAUCUUUCCUUGUAUACAAAUCCCAUGACCCUGAGCAUGCUUCUACUAGACCUGAAUUGGUUACCUUGAUGACUUGUAAUUUCCCAAUCUCUUUU